CUCUUAUCUCUCUCUCAUAAAUUCCAGUUCCAUCAUAUUCACGAAGUUAAUUCUAUUCAGUUUAGAUCCCCAAAUAUUAACAAAUAGUUUCAUUCAACAUCCUAUUUUUCUGGGAAAUUAAGUCAGUUUCCAUCGUCGAAAUGUCGGAUUUUAGAGGUUAAAGCUUUUCUUUUCCUACACAGUUGUACAUGAUUUCUUGCAUCGUUCUUUUGUCUAAUUGGGUAAAUAUGACAAACGAAAAUCUGGUCUCAGCCGAAGCAGAAGAGCGUCUCCUGUCGUCAGAACACGGUGCUAAAAUCGAGGUGAGGGAUCUGACGAAGUUGUCGGACAAGGAUGUAAGGAUUCUGAACAAGGUCAACGUUGACAUUCCGAGAGGGGUCGUGAUGGGGGUGAUGGGACCCAGCGGCAGCGGCAAGUCAACUCUGCUGCGUGCGUUUAACCGGAUGUGGGAGCCGGCCCCCGGUUCCGUUUUCCUUGACGGCGUCGACAUCUGCGACCUCGAUGUUCUCUCUCUCCGCCGCAAAGUUGGCAUGCUCUUCCAACUUCCUGUUCUCUUUCAAGGCAGCGUGGCAGAUAACAUUCGGUAUGGGCCGCAGUUAAGAGGGAAGAAGCUGAGCGACGAGGAGGUGUAUAACUUGCUUGCUCUAGCGGACCUGGAUUCGUCGUUCAGCAGCACCUCCGGUGGAGAUUUAUCCAUUGGCCAAGCCCAGAGAGUUGCUCUGGCUAGGACCUUGGCAAAUGACCCUGAGGUUCUGCUGCUGGACGAGCCAACGAGCGCCUUGGAUCCAAUAUCCACUCAAAACAUAGAAGACGUUCUAGUGAGGUUGAAGAAAGACGUCGGUAUGACUAUUGUUAUGGUUUCCCAUAGCAUCAAGCAGAUACAGAGGAUAGCUGAUGUGGUCUGUCUUGUUGUCAACGGUGAAAUUGUCGAAAUCUUAGACGUGCAACACCUCUCCGAGGCCAAGCACCCCACGGCAAGAGCCUUCCUUCACCUUAACUCCUAACUGCAAUCACUCCUUCAAUUCUUAUUCAUGGCCUUUGGUUUCACCCUUGUUUCAGUUUCCCAGUUGUGCACUAUUUUCAAAUUUACAGUUAAUUUCUGUAGUAAGUAAUACUGUAACACAGGUUACUAAUAUGUGAAAAUAUACAGUUAAUUAAUAUUCUGUAGUAAUA